GUUGGACUGUGAGCGGAGAUGACUCAUCUGUUACUUAAUGCAGCUUCAGUAAAAGAACGGCGGAAUUAGAAAAACAACAGUUUAAUUUCCUGACAGACACGAAGGCAUCACACCAGUACGAUAUUGGGAAAGUGGGGUACAGCAGCUGUGAAGAUGGCAUUAGCCAGUGGUCACUGGCUGGAGAAAGAGAUCAGGGGAGAAGAGCCAAGUCCCAGACAUGGCCACGCCUUAGCUGUUGCAGGAAAUGUCGUCUUUGUUUUUGGUGGAGCCUGUACUAUCAGCCAAGAGGAGGACAUUCCUGUUUACUUUAACGACUUCUACAUGUUAACAGUUACCCCUGAUUAUGUGACGUGGGAGGAGAUCCCUCAGAAUGGAGAAGUUCCUUCCGCCAGAGAAGGACACACCCUCUGUGUUGUGAAAGGGAAACUGUAUCUGUUUGGAGGAGUGUCCAGCCCUGAUGCAACCGAAUGUCUCCCAGGGGUCUACAGCUUUGACAUAGUGUCUCUGACCUGGGAAUGCUUAGAAGUUGGGGGUGUGGCCCUCAGAGCACUGAGACACAGCUCUGUUGCUGCUGUUGACAACAUCUACGUGUAUGGAGGCACUGUGGACAGGAAUCCAACUGACGACCUCAUGGUCUUUAACACAGUGUCUCUCACGUGGACGCCAGUUAAAACGAGUGGAUCGCUACCUCCUCGCCUAUGGGGUCAGAGUUUUGCUCUGGUUGGUGAUCAGGUGUUUAUGUUUGGAGGUUAUGGAGCAGGAGGAGACUUCUGUAAAGACCUGUAUGUUCUCACUACAGAGAACCUCAUGUGGCAGAAAUGGGAGGUGAGAGGAGAAUCGCCUGUAGCCUGCAUCGGGCACACACUGACUGCACACCAUGAUAAGGACAUCUACCUGUUUGGUGGCAAAGUCACAAGUGAGGAUGGCACGGUGACAUCAUCCAAUGAAAUCCACAAACUCAGCAUUGCUAAGAUGAAGUGGAAGCUUCCCCUAUAUGUUGGGAUACCUCCGAGCCGUCGUCAUGGGCACACUUCCUUCAUCCUCCACAGCCAUCUGUAUGUGUUUGGAGGGAGGGAUGAAGAGCAGGAUUUUAAUGAUCUGAAGGUGAUGAAACUCAUUAACCCUUCAGAGAGACAACCAGUGAUGAAGGAAAUUCUGUCUGAGUUUGGCCUCCAAGGAGUCAGCCACAGCUUCACUCCCACAAAGGUUCCCAAUGUUCGCUAUGACCUCAGUGAAUACGCCCCAUCCAUGCAGACUAGGAAUGCAGCAGCUAAUUCACAGGUGUGUGUUCACAGAGACUUCAGUGCAGUACGAGAGCAGGCAAUGACAAUGAUUCAAACAGCUUUCACUCUGCUGGACCAGGAGUUCCAGAAACUGGAUCGAGAGAAAUCUGAGUUGUCUAAAGCUGCUGCUGCUCUGCAAAGAGAGAAAGAAGCUCAUGAGGCUCACAGACAACAACAGCAACAGGAGCUGCAGGAGAUGCUGGACCGGCAUCGCUCUCAGAAUGAGGCCUGGCUCCGAGCGAGAGCUGAGGAGAACGACCGUGAGAGGAGGGAGCUCUGCAGACUCAGAGAGGAGGUGUUGCAAGAGCAAGACAGGCUGAAGGAAGAGCAGAGCAACGUCCAGAAACGCAGUGAACAUCUGCUGUCCAUCAUGCAGCAGUUCAAAGGGAUGUGAGAUAGAUAGAUAGAUAGAUAGAUAGAUAGAUAGAUAGAUAGAUAGAUAGAUAGAUAGAUAGAUAGAUAGAUAGAUAGAUAGAUAGAUAGAUAGAUAGAUAGAUAGAUAGAUAGAUAUGCAGACAGAUGGAUAAAUAGUUUCACCUUUUAUUCACUUAAUGGUCUGUCUAACAGCAAUAAAGUAUUGCCAUUUUAAUCAAUAGCUGUCUGAACAGUGUAAGCAUUUCAUAAUGAAGACUGCAUUUGUUCUUCUUUGUUCUUGGUGAACUGGUUUUAACACCAACCAUCACAUACAUCCACACAUCGAUCAUUGACAAAAUGUCCAUUUAAAACGGGGAGUUUUAUUUUCGCAGUGCAGUACUACAGAAGCCAGGACUGAUGACUGUUACCAUGGUUACCACUAUAAGGCUGAUGCAGUACUGGCAAUGUUGCUCUUACUUUCUGGUAACCAAGAAACCAAAAGAAGAAUGUAACAUAUUUCUGGACUUGAAGGAAUCUCUAAUCACUGCAUUUCAGAGGUCACUGUGGGCAGCAGAUGGCUAAUGGUCACCAGACACAGCACUGUAUAUCAGCUAAUCAGUCUGAAAACAACCAGACCUAAUCUGUUUUAUAUUUUAGAUCUCUAUUAAUGUACAUACGACAGGCAUGUUGUUAGUAUUUCAGCAACAACACUGAGCGUUCCCUCUGCUGCAGAUAAGGAAUCAACAAUUAACAGCUCCUCAGAUAAUUCAUGUCAGUGAUCCCCAGUGUUCAUGUAGCAGAAACAUCGCCAACAUCAGGUACUGGGAAGAGACUUAUAGGGACUCAGACCUCCAUCGUCAUAGUGCUGCAAAGAAAGUCUGCAUCCCCCAAAGCUAAUUCCAGCUAGGAUGAGCUGGACUACGGAUGAGGGAAAGGCAGUCAAAGCAAGAGGUGACCCCUUGAUGAAGACAGUGAUG